UAGAGGCGCAAGGUCGUUAGCUAAGCAUUCGAUUUAUCGACGUCCAACAGCAACAAGUAGACAUGAGUGGAAGAGGCAAAACCGGUGGCAAGGCCAGGGCCAAGGCGAAGACUCGUUCCUCUAGGGCCGGGCUGCAGUUCCCCGUCGGCCGUGUGCACAGGCUGCUACGCAAAGGCAACUAUGCUCAGCGCGUGGGAGCUGGCGCACCCGUCUACAUGGCUGCAGUGCUCGAGUAUCUGACCGCUGAAAUUCUGGAGUUGGCCGGCAACGCCGCCCGUGAUAACAAGAAGAGUCGUAUUAUUCCCCGUCAUCUGCAGCUGGCCGUGCGUAAUGACGAGGAGUUGAACAAACUGCUCGGUGGAGUCACCAUCGCUCAGGGUGGUGUGCUGCCCAACAUUCAGGCUGUGCUCCUGCCCAAGAAGACCGAGAAGUCAAAGUAAAUCUAUCCCAACCUCCUCAAUCAGAACGGCUCUUUUAAGAGCCACCCACUUGUCCCGAAAAGAGCAAAUUUCAAUCAAUGUGUCUGGCAGAAAGCUGGCGAAUCGUUAGGCUACUGAAUAAGUUGCUACAUAACCCGUUGAUAUUAAAUUGAAACGGCGUCAGUUAUAAUCAGGGCUAUCGUGAAAUUGGCUAAUAUGCUGCCAAUCUAUACAGUAUACAUUUAUUCAUAGCCUACAUAAGUGUGUGUGAGAGAGAAGACGGGAUUGGUUAGGUUUCACAAGGCGCGUUGACGACCCGAGUGUUUUUCUUCCAAUACAUACCAGCACAUCCCGUUGCAAUGCACGUAUCCACGACUAUGGCACAACCAAUAUAUUGUGCGUUGAAGGAAAUUAUUUAUCUUAGUGUUUCACCUAAGAAAUGAUUCGAAGACGAAUGGCCGUUGAGAGUGGUCCUGUUUGGGCGCCCGUUCAGAUUAAACGGAAAGCAUAUGGUUACAUGAAAUAUGACUACGGUUACUGACAAUACGACUAAAGC